GGCGUGCCACUUUGGCUCCUGUGGUGAAGGGCUGCCCCACCGAAGCCGUCGCAAGACGCGAUGGCCAGCUGGGCGCAGGAGGUCCAGGACUAUCAGCAUGAGCGACGGGUGAAAGUGCACCCAGAUCUCUUCAAGCCGCGUCACGUAGGCUCCAUCCGGGGCGAGAAUAGCAAGCGAGAGCGCAGCUACAAUCCCUUGCUCGGGCGCUUUUUGGACGAAGAACGGGAACAAAAACAGAGAGACUUCGAAGAAGAGGCCAAGCGGAAGUAUUUGAACUUGGCACGGGACGUGCAGCUGCGAAAGGAGGCACCUUUCAACUUGAUCACCCACGAGAGGAAGUUCGAAGGCCUCGUGGCCGAGGCGCAGGACCCCGGGAGGCCCAAGGAGCCGAAAUGCCCCGCUCCAGCCACUGCAGUUGAUUAUAACAUCAUCUCCAACCUGCGCUUUGAUGAGCACCAUUGGGCCCACCCGCAGCAACGGCCUGUGGUCAAGGACCGGAUCCCGAAGCCCCGGAAGAUCCCUGCGAUGCUGCACAAGGACUUUAAUAUCCUCACCAACCGCUACUUGGAGCACCACGAGGAGAAGUUGGAAAGAGACCAAGAAUUGAAUCUCCUCGAGGCAGCCCAGAAGAUGCGGCAGACUUGCCCGUUCAAUCCUGUCCAGCAAAAGUUCUGUGAUGCUCGUUUGGAAGAGCGAAUGCGUGCCUGCCAAGAUGCACUGGCCACAGAGGUGAAGCUUCGCGGUGAGGAGGCUCAGCCUUUGUCCUAUCGAGGGAACAUCACCAACUGCUACGACAUGCUGAGUCACAAGGUGACAGAUCCCGAACUCAUGCACUACAUCACUCGCGCCGAAGGUGGACGGAAGGCCCGCUUCAAGACGAGAUUCAGAUUCGAGGAUCACGUACAUCGUGCAGAUGUCAGGCAGGAGGACCGUGUGAAGCGCAUGAAGCCCAUGCAGAUCGCGCACGAGCGAUUCGUGACGGAGAUGGAACGAGGAUAUGACAUCCUCACGAAUGAAGACUUCGGGCGGAAGAAGCCUACCCCCAGGACCAAGCCAUUGCUGACGCCAUGGGAGAAGGUCCUGGAGGGCCAAACGGCGUCGGCCGAGACAGACGGUUCGGGUUCCCCGGUGGCCGGCACCACAGUCGCACCGGUUGAAGUGGUGUCGCACGGCGCCAAAGGUAUGAUAGAGGUGGACAGCUUGCAGGUGGUUUACUGCAGCCGCAGCUGCCAGCGUGCCCACUGGAAGAACCACAAGAAGGACUGCGAGGCCUUAGCUUUGAAAGUGGUUUCCGAAGUGACGGUCACCAUGGAGUGUCCGCAGUUUCUUGGUUGGUUGGACUCUUGUCUUCGAAUUCACCGGGUUCCUGCGCUGCUUGGAGGUCCUCCGACAGGCCCCUUAGUGCUCCGGUCCCCGGCACCCUGCCGCCGUCGGGCGGUGGAGACGGCAGGGCGUGCAUUUCUGGAGGGCUACGAGCGCUCGAUGCCUAGCUUUCAGCCGGCCAAGGCCCCUGCGCAGGAGGAGGCUCCUCCGAAGCGGCGUCCGCUCAGCAACCGCUCGGGCCGCACCAAGCCAUACUUGUUGCGCUGUCAAGAGCGGGCUGAACGACGUUCCAAGUUGCGGCCUGGUAAAGGGUUGAGCCGACGCUUGCAAGGUGUCGAGCUCUAUACGCUGUUGGAGAUACAAGGAGUGACCGACGAGGGCUUUCCCAGCAUGGAAGAGGUGAAAGAGGCCUACAAAAGGCUGGUACUGAUUCACCAUCCUGACAAGAAGGCCAGCAAAAGUCUCGCUUUUCAGCUCAUCCAGGAGGCUUAUGAAUACCUCUCUGAUCCGGAGAACAAGCAGAUGUACGAUAGCACACUGCCGUUUGAUGAUUCCAUCCCUACGAGGGCAGAGCUUUGCUCCAGAGGAUUUUUCAAGAGCUUGGAGGACGUCUUCCGGCGGAACGCACGGUUCUCCGAGGUGUCCGAGGUCCCUCUGUUAGGCACGGUGGAUGAGGACGUGGAUCGGGUCCAUGAUUUCUACGAGUGGUGGUACCACUUCGAAAGCUGGCGCGAUGUGAGCCCAGCCUAUUUGGAGAAGCAUGGCUUGGAGCUGGAAGAUAUUCAGGACUGUCCCCGGCACCAGCGUCGGGGUCGGCAGAAGCGCAACGAGCAGAUCCGCAAGCAGUUUGAUGCACAGGAACGGCUCCGGCUGAUGCGCUUGGUCGACCUGGCCUGGCAGAAUGACCCCCGUCUCCACUGGGUCUCCUUGGAUGCCAAGUCUGCCGUCCCGGCAAAGACUUCAACGACUCAGCCCCGGUUUAAACCGCGGGCGGACACGUUGAACGCAGUGCCAAAGGUCACAGAGGAGGAGAAGCGGAAGCAGGAGGAGGCGAAGAGGAUUGCCAAAGGCCGGCGGCAGCAGCUGCGAAAGCUAGUUGAAAGCCUGGGGCUGCUUGUGAGCGGCGUCGAGCUGGAAAGGUACUGUUUGAAAGUCCCUGGAGAUGCUGAGGAGUUGGAAGACUUGGCCGACGAGGUGCAACGCUUGGCGGAGCUGCCGGCCGAGGAGGUCACAGAGGAGCUAACGGAGACAGAUGAGGAGCUCAAUAACAAAAAGAAAACGGAAGAGGCAGAAGUCCCCAGCUGCACUUUUUGUAAUGGCACUGGGCUGAACUGCGUGAGCAAGUGCACCUGCAUGUUCUGUGAUGGCAGCGGUAAGCAGAAGGUGGAGGAAAAGGUGGAGGCUGUCGAAGACACCCCGCAGAAGGAGAAACGCUACCGGCGCAAGACCCCGAAGCAGUUGGCACAGGAGGCAAUUUUCGAAGCCAUGUGGGCUUCAGGCAUGCGGCCCACUGAGACCCGGCAUUCCCCCGAGCUCCGACAAGAACGCCGCGAGCGGCAGGAGCGUGAGAGGGAGGAGCGUCGACUCCGCAGGGAGCAACGGCAGAAGGAAGAGAAAGAGAAUGAAGCAAAAUGGAAGGAAGCGCUACCAAAGGCAGAGGAGCCACGUUCGCCCAAGAAGCGAGCCAAGUUCGCUGUCCCAGAGGCAGUGGAGAUUCAGCCCAAGAUCGUCCAGGAGGAGGACCUGAGGAUGGAAGAGGCCGAGGCAGUGCUUGGAAGUCUCGAGCACGACACCAACCCGGAAACGGUGGACAAGAUCGCCAAGCUCACGGAGUUUGCGCGGGUGGGCAUCGAAGGGUCCACCCAGGUGAUUUUGGCCUCGUUGAUUGCCUCCAAUGAGCUUCGCAUGCUUCUGGCGGAGCUCGAGGACCGACGAGUGCAAGAGCCCGACCACUACGCCGAUGAGGCUUUGCUCCUCCUCUCCGAAUGCGUCGCGCCCUUCUUCGCCCUGGGCUUACGCCCCGGGACCGGCGCCGCGAAGUUGCCAGCGCUUCUGCGGAACCGCGUAAAGCGGGUCCGCCAAGCACUGCGUGACCUGGUGGUGGGCUGCGACUUCCUGGCCAUUUUGCACGGUGAAAAGCAAUUAGCAAUUUAA